UGUCAACGAAUAGAAUAAAAAAAAAAGAUUUUGCUGAUUAGUGGUGCGUCUUGCUAUUUCAUCGUGUUUUUGAUAAAUUUUUCACUAGACUUUGGAGCAAUAAGUGCAUUACUGCGUCAACAGAACUGUUAUCAAAUCGGAGGUAGAGAAAAUUUGCGUGAAACCAUUCGUCCGGCCGUGCAUAUCGUAGGGGAUGUCCGGGGCGAACAUUACACGCAACGAGGUCGUGCAGUUUGUGCUACGAAUUUCGCUGGUUUCGAUCGUAACCUACUAUUCGGCCAAAUGGCUCAUGAAGAACUUGGAUCCGACCAACAAGAGCAAAAAGAAGGCCAUGGAAAAGGCCGAGGAUAUCCUGCGGAAACUUGGACCUAACAUUAAAAAGUUUGCCGUGACAAAUUUGAACGACUACGAGCUGGUGAUUGCAUCGCACCUGGUCGUUCCGGAGAACAUCAGUGUCAGUUGGGACAGCAUUGCGGGACUGGACCAUGUUUGUCAAGAAAUCAAAGAAAGCCUUGUGUUUCCCGUUUGCCACCGGGAGAUGUUUCCUUCGUCAUCACUUUACCAGGCACCGAAAGGGGUGCUCCUGUAUGGACCACCUGGUUGCGGCAAAACAUUGAUUGCAAAAGCUACCGCCAAAGAAGCCGGAAUGCGUUUCAUAAAUCUUGACGUGGCCAUGCUAACCGACAAAUGGUACGGCGAAUCGCAGAAGCUGGCAUCGGCCGUUUUCUCGCUAGCUGUGAAAAUUCAGCCAUGCAUCAUUUUCAUCGACGAAAUUGACUCGUUCCUGCGGGCACGCAAUUCUUCGGAUCACGAAGCGACGGCGAUGAUGAAGACUCAGUUCAUGAUGCUGUGGGAUGGCUUGAACACCGAGUCCGACUCGACGGUAAUCGUUAUGGGUGCCACCAAUCGGCCACAGGAUUUGGACAAAGCGAUUUUGCGGCGGAUGCCGGCACAGUUUCACAUCGGGCUUCCGAACGAAGAGCAGCGAUUGAAAAUUUUGCAGCUCAUCUUGCGCCAGGAAAGAAUUUCCCGUGAUGUUGAUUUUAUCCAGCUGGCUCGGAUGACCGAUCGUUACUCCGGGUCGGAUCUGCGCGAGAUGUGUCGAAAUGCGUCCGUCUAUCGGAUUCGGAAAAUCAUGCGGGAAAAGAGCAAGGAAAUGAUGUCCAACGGAAUGGCAAACGGAAACGGUACCCUUGGUUCCCCGGUUGGAUCGCCGAUGCUGGAAGAAGCGCCGGCCAUCACCAUGGAAGAUCUGGCCGAAUCGUUGCGGAACAUGAGAAAUUCGAAGUACAAUUCCGGUCACAUGAACGAUGCUCGCAUAGAUUUAGACUAAUGUGUGCUUAUCAACUGUAGCUUCUAGCAAAAACCGUAUCAGAACGCUUAUUUAGGAAUGUUAAAAUUUUGCGAAUGCUAUGUUCCAAGAGCUGUGCGAUUUUAUUUGUACUCUAUUCGGUACGUCGGCAAAAUCGGGCAGCUGAAGUGUCCUGAUUGUUCACCGAAACUUUGAUUUUCCGGCACAACUUUUUAAGCUAGUUACUGUGAAAGUAUGUUUAAAUACCAGUUAUAAAUUAUUACAAGUGAAAUAUAAAAUAUCAGAACGUAAGUGUAUGAUAAAUAGCUUUGAUUAGAUAAUAAGACUUUAAAAUUGGUAGAAAAUUGAAAAAAAAAUUAUUCAGUCAAGUAGUUCGUAGAUUUUCAACUAUUGUGGGGGAAAUAAUAUGUAUGUUCCACUGCGGAACAGAAAUGAUAGAGUUUGGCGAAGGUUCGGAAACUCGUCAGCGUGUGAGUGAAAAUGGAAUUUUGUUUGAUCUAAUUUCUAAGCUUGUAGGUAAGACCAUACCCCUAGUUGUAUAGGAACUGAUUCAAUAAAGAUCGAAUAACCCA